GAUCCAGAAACGGUGAUGUUGUUUGCUAACUAGUGCUACGUGAACGGAUUCGCUUGCUAACAUAGCGAGCUAGUUAUAGUGCUAGAGUUGCUACAAUGAACGUACGCGCACUCUUUGCUAGUGUACAUUUUCUUUUUCAAAGACUAUAACGGAUACAGUGAUGUGCAUUAGCAUUCUGAAAUGAAAUACGUAACCUCAAUAUCGUUGUGGAAACUGUUGCAGUUAUGCAACAGACUGUUGGAGCUCGUUAGCUAGCUAGCGCGACAAGGUGCCUAGAGGGUGUCUGUCGCUUUGUUGUGGGUUAGGAAUCCUUUGUUUGUGGUAACGUUAGAUGGCUAGCUAGCUACCUAGCUUAUGCUAACACAGGGCGCACAUAGGAACAUGUAUAUGGAUGCUAGCUAAGUUAUUCAUACCCGCUGCAUAUUUCAAUUAAUAUUCUAGCCACGCUAUACUUUAGCUAGCUUGCCAAUGAGUUUCUGAUUUCAUUUCUGCAUUACACGUUUUGUAUUUUGAGUCUAAUUUACGUGUCUACGCGUCGCUAGGUAGAAUCUAGCCUUCUUUAGUAUCUUUAGUUAGCUAGGUAGACUAAUUUUAUGACAUGAGCCUCUUCCCUUGGUGGCUAGCUAGCUUGGUAGCUAACUAGCUAGUCCAGUUUUAUGCACGCAGCUAGGUGGAAUGGGUAGUCUUAAGUUAUUCAUGCUCGUUGAUAUUUUUUAAGCACAAAGAACAAACCUGUUGGGAAAACCGCAUGGUUUGAAGUGAACAGGGCUAAAAACGUUGGCAAUUGGCAUUGUCAGUGAUGUUGCAGUUGGCGUAAAGAGAGGCUCAGAUGAGCUGCUGUCAGGCAGUUUGUACAACAGUCCAAACUCCGUCACAGCCAAUGGAAAUGACAGCAAAAAGCUAAGGGUAGACGACAGGAUGGAUAGCCCCCCAUCCCGGGUGCUCCACAUCCGGAAGCUGCCCAGCGAGGUGUCGGAGACGGAGGUCAUUGCCCUGGGUCUUCCCUUUGGCAAAGUCACCAACAUCCUGAUGCUGAAAGGGAAAAACCAGGCAUUCUUGGAGCUUGGAACAGAGGAGGCGGCCGUUACCAUGGUGAACUACUACACGGCAGUGACGCCUCAUGUUCGCAAUGUUCCUGUAUUCAUCCAGUACUCCAAUCACAAAGAACUCAAGACAGACAAUGCUCUCAACCAGCGUGCCCAAGCUGUCCUCCAGGCAGUUUCGGCCGUCCAGUCUGGAGGCACGCCCACCUCGGGGUCGACGGCAAGCGAAAGCGCACUUACCCCGGCCCCGAGCCCCGUGCUCAGAAUCAUCAUCGACAACAUGUUCUACCCCGUCACCCUGGACGUUCUGCAGCAGAUUUUUUCAAAGUUUGGCACCGUCAUGAAGAUCAUCACAUUCACGAAGAACAAUCAGUUUCAAGCACUGCUGCAGUUCAGCGAUCCCGUGAACGCCCAGCAAGCCAAACUUUCCUUGGAUGGGCAGAACAUCUACAACUCCUGCUGCACGCUGCGCAUCGACUUCUCCAAGCUGAUCAACCUGAACGUCAAGUACAACAACGACAAGAGCCGGGACUACACCAGGCCCGAGCUCCCGGCCGGGGACGGGCAGCCCGCCAUCGACCCGUCGGUCGCCGCCGCCCUCAGCAAGGACUCCUCGUCGCUGCUGGGUACCCCAUCUGGAAUGGUGGCUUCCUACUCUAGUGGUGGAGGGUUUCCUUCUUCUCUUGGGUUUGGACAGGGAGGAGGGGCGCUGAGUCCGCUAAGCGCGGCGGCAGCAGCUGCGGCGGCCGCCGGAAGGGUGGCGUUGUCCGGACACUCGGGCACCAGCGGCGUGCUCCUGGUCAGCAACCUCAACGAAGAGAUGGUUACGCCCCAAAGUCUGUUUACCCUCUUCGGGGUUUACGGUGAUGCUCAGCGCGUGAAGAUACUGUACAAUAAGAAAGACAGUGCUCUCAUACAGAUGGCUGACGGAAAUCAAGCUAAGCUCGCAAUGAGCCACCUGAAUGGGCAGAAGAUGUACGGAAAGAUCAUCCGGGUGACCCUGUCCAAGCACCAGACGGUACAGCUGCCGAGGGAAGGGCUGGACGACCAGGGGCUCACCAAGGACUUCACCAACUCGCCGCUGCACCGCUUCAAGAAGCCCGGCUCUAAGAACUUCCAGAACAUCUUUCCCCCCUCCGCCACCCUCCACCUGUCGAACAUCCCACAAGACGUGACCGAAGAGGACCUCCGGUUACUGUUCUCCAAUUCUGGUGGCACUGUGAAAGCCUUCAAGUUCUUCCAGGAUCACAAAAUGGCGCUCCUGCAGAUGUCGACCGUUGAAGAAGCCAUCCAGUCCCUGAUUGACCUCCACAAUUACAACAUGGGAGAAAAUCAUUACCUGAGGGUGUCCUUCUCGAAGUCGACCAUCUGAAUCGCACUUGACGGAAUGACGCACAUCUUCACGCUCGCGUUUGUCGCUAACCUGUCGACUGUUUCCACACACCAGGGACCACAGUUUGACAUUUUAAUUUUUUUUCUUUUUUAAAUCAGUCAUUCCUCAAGAAAAAUGUUAACAGAUUAUUGGAAAACAAAUAUGCCAGAAAAAAGAUGCGAAAGUCUGCUUUGGAGGCGUGAGUUCCCCUUGUUUGUACAUUAGACAGGCCAUCAACUGUCUCCAGCCCUCCACACCAAGGAAGCAAACUCCUUUUUUUAUUAGAUUGAAUUGAAAAGCGAUGUGCCUUACUUCACAAAAUAGCAUCGACACGUUACAUCUGUACGUUUGCGUAAAUGUGGAUAGUUUAGGCACAUUCAUUCUAAUAAUGUAAGUAGAUUUGUAUAAAUGUUAGAUUUCUUCCCCCAUGCUUGUGUACAGUUUGUGUUUUGCUGUAGAAGUGUAGAUAUUAAUAGCUCAAUGAUUUAUUAAUUGUUUGACAUUAGUUUUUUUUCUUUCUGCCAUUUUCAUCCCGGUUUAUGAAUGAUUUGCCCAAGAUCAGGAAUAACCUGAGGAGUUUUUUUUUUUGUGAAGGAACCACGCUAUUUCUUUUAAGCUGUUCACUUGCUUUAUCCAGACAACCAAAGAUAAAGCUUUCUCUAAUUGAAAUCCAUUAAGUUAAACAUUAACUUUUUUUGUUCUGUCAGUUUCAUGCCACAAAGCUUAGGAGUUAAGUGUAAGUGUUUCACACAACAUCCGAAUAUGCUUCAUAGAUGUCGAUCGACCUUACUUGCAUACGUGCAUUUCUUUUUUGCCAUUUCUUUUUUCUAAGGAUUGACAGUGGCUGUGGAGUUUUGAGCAUGUGCUGACAGGUCUAGUUAGUUCCAGAACAAACCACUGUUGCAUGCAUUAUACAGAGCUAAUGGAAGUGAGUUGAGCAUUGCAUUCUGGCUAAGGUAAAGUCAUCAUCUGGCUGUCAACUGAAGAGGGACUACCUGUUGGGACCAAAGUUUAUGUGCCUUUAGUCUUAAUUUACAUUGCAUUGUAUAAUUCAGUUAUAUUGAACCUCUGGGAAAAAAAAUUUUGUAUUUAAAAGAAAAAAGGAAAGAGUACGGAAUGUGAGUCUUUGAACGGGAUUCUUUUUCAAAGAGUUUCGCCAUAACCUCAACUGUAUCCAUCAUUAUUACUUCAAGAAAGAAAUCUCUCAAAAAGGUGAAAAAUAAAAAAAUGUACAAAAAAAAUUCUGUGGUUUAUGUCAGGGACAAAAAGUAUGUUUUCUACAUCCAUUGAGUUUUUACAUCUUUAGAACUGUAAAAUUCAGUAUAGUUUGGAAGCAGAACAAUUAAAAGUUCAUUUUUCUAACAAG